AUGCAUCAGAGAAUUUGGGAUUCUUACCUGUGUAGCAUAGCAUUAUCGCCUAAUGAUUCAGAAAUGCUUGCUACUUCUUAUGGAAAUAUGUCGGCAUUGAUGUUUCAUUUAAGCAAGUACCAAGAUUCUAAAUGCUUAAGUGCAAUGGGAAUAUCUGAAAAGGAUAAGAUUUUUGACGAAGCAAGAACAUGGUUGAAUAAAAUUGAUGAUAAUGACAAAAUGAAAGUUGACCUGAUACAAUUAGUUGAUAAAGCCAAAAUUGUAUUGGAUAAAAACAAGGUGAAAGUUGAAAGAACAACCAGUAAUGAAAGUCAUGUAGAUUUUUUUAAUGAAAAUGAAAUACUGAAGAAUGUAAAAAACAAAAAAAGAAGGAAAAACAAUUUGAAAUUUAAACACUUAAUCAAUUUAGCUGUUAAAGAGACAGAAAGUGUUUUUAAUUCAGUUGAUUUAACGUACAAUGAUGAAUAUGGCUGGCAUCUGACAGCAACUAGAGAUAUUCAACCCGGUGAAAUUAUUUUUGUUGUAAAACCAUAUGUAGUAGUACAAAACUUUACAAAAAGUCAAAACUUCUGUAACAAUUGUUUGAAUGUUAUAUGGACUGGUAUACCUUGUAAAGCUUGCCCAUGUUGUAUGUUCUGUUCCAAAAAAUGUCACGACGAAGCUAUGGAAAAAUAUCACAGCAUAGAGUGUCCCAUUUUACAAUUCGUGGUUUCAGGUGAUUCUUGGUUAGACUAUCACAUACAAGCUAGCUUAAGAGCUGUUGUAAUGGGUGUUAAGGAAUUUGGCAGCAUUACGAAUCUUCGAGAUAAAAUAAAUGAGUUUGAUAGUUUCCCAGAUGAUACAGAAUAUAGGAACUAUCAUACAUCUUUUAUAAGCUUAUUAGGUUUUAAAAAUAUUCAUGUUGAACCUGAAAUUUUAAGUGAUCUUGCUGCAGCUUGUUGUAAAACAGUUAUAUGUUUAAGUAAAUUUACAUCAUUCUUUAAUAGUGACCGUAAAUUUGAUACUAUUGAAAAUUUUACAGAGAAUGAAGAUAUUAAAUUCAUAGCUGUAUUACUUUUAAAAAUUGCUGUAAUUAUAUUCAAUAAUGGUAUCAAAGUCACAGAAUCUGGCUUGUUCUGUAAAACUUAUGUUGAUUCAGCGAAAUGUUCCUCCGUUGUUCCAUGCUGUGAGAAAGGAAUUUCUAUGAACACACUGAGUCAAUUUAUACCUCACAGUUGCGAUCCCAAUGCAAAAGCAAUGAAAGUCAAUAACUGUAAAGAAAUCUACUAUGCUUUACUACCAAUAAGUGAGGGUGAUCUGAUUCUGGAGUGCUACAAAAAUACUUUCUAUGAAUGUGAAUUCACCCAAAGACAGCAGGAGAUAUCACGGAUAUUAAAUCGUAAUUGUACCUGUUUAGCCUGUCAAGAAAACUGGCCUGCUCUGCUAAUAGAUGACGUAAUAUAUGAAAUUUAA